GACUCUCUCUCUCUCUAAAAUAAUCUCUUCUUUCUUAGAUAGCCCAAACCCACGCUCCAACCCAGCGGUAUCCAUUCUCUCUCUCUCUCUAAAUCUCCUUCUUAAACAACCCAAAUCCCAAGCUCCACCCUAUCAAUAUCGUCAUCCACAGACCAUUCUCUCUCUCUCUCUCUCUCUCUCUCUCUCUCCAAAACAGAGUCCAAGCUAGAGAAGCAGCUAGUAUAAUGGAAAGAUCAGAACUGAACAUGUAUUCCUCUGACAGAAGUGUUCACCAGAAGUUCACCCCAGCACCACCUCCACCAAUAUUCAGUACACCUCCGGCCACCGGAAUUCCGGCAAGUUCAACAAACCAGUUAUACAGUUGGAGUGGUACUACUCCCACCACUGCCCUUCCACCUCCUCGUCCUCAAACUCCAGUUCCUUGGUCUAACGGCCUCUGCGACUGUGGUUCUGAUCUUAAGAACUGUUGCAUUACAUGUUGGUGUCCAUGUAUUACCUUCGGCCAAAUCUCCGAAAUCAUCGAUAAAGGAUCUAGUUCUUGUGGAGCAAAUGGAGCACUCUAUGCAUUGAUCUUUUGUUUGACUGGUUGCCAGUGUUGCUUCUCAUGUUUCUAUAGGUCUAAGAUGAGGCAACAGUAUAAUCUUGAAAAGAGUCCCUGUGGGGAUUGCCUAGUUCAUUGUUGCUGUGAGGUCUGUGCUUUGUGCCAAGAGUAUAAAGAGCUAGAAAAUCAAGGAUUUGACAUGAAAAUAGGAUGGCAUGGUAAUGUGGAAAGGCAGAACCGUGGAGUAGCAAUGACUCCAAUUGCGCAAGAAAGCAUGACCAGACAGAUUGAUUGAGGAAGAUUAUCUGGUUAUGGUGGUGUUUGGAUCUGAGAAAUGAAAGAUGAAUAUGGACUAUAUAUGUAGAAGAGAUGAAGGUGAUCUUAGAUUGUAAUUGUUGAUGAUUAUAAUUAAACAACAUCUCCUAUCAUAUUUUUGGUAGAAACUCAAUAUAAGAGUUUGUGUUUAUACCAA